ACGUUAAUGUUAGCUAGAUAUCAUGGUGUUGCUCAGAGCUGAUAGUUUGUCACUGUCAAUCGUAGUGUAAAAAAAAGCUAAAAUUGCCAAGGUUGUACUCUUUAAUACGUUUUCCAACAGCCAAUACUUGACAAUGAAUACUAUACUAACGUUAGUUUAAUGCGUUAUGUGCUCAUGGUGGUUACAUUUCUCUGUUUUAUAACCUGGGGAGCGUUGCCUUGCUAUUUUAUAUUGAUAUCUUGUAUCAUGAUGCAUUAUAUUUCCUGUAUUUGUUACAGUGUGGAAAUGCAUGGCCAAUAACGUACUUGUUUCAUUAUUGUAAACUGGAUAUCUUGGUUUGAACUGCUGAUCGGACAAAACAAUUGUCGGAGAACAGAGGAAGUUUUGGCCUCACCUCCUGAAACUGGAUUUUGAGGGUUCAGCGAUGGAUUUUCACCAAUAACUUUAACCUUACUUUACAGUGUUCAUAUACUUGAUUCACUGUAUAGUUCUGCAGCAUGUUUCAUCGCCAUGGGAUGACCGGUUAGUGGAACUGUGGCUGUCAGUAAUUUAGCUGAAAUGUCCUGCAGGGUGGAAAUAUCUUACUAACUGAUAGCACCUACAGUUGCAACAACUGUUUCAUAUCAGCGCAGUUACACAGCCAUGGGCUUCUUAUCGCCUCUGUGCAAGAUUUUGCGGAGGGGGAAAUAUUUUGUACUGCUCCUUCUUUUGCUCUCAGUGCUCGCAUGGAUUGCAACUUUUUCAGGCGAAACAGUGAAACGUGGCCGGGUUUUCUCCGCCACACCAAAAACUCUUGUCAAAGGAGACAGUCUGAGGGAUAAACUCAACACUUGGACAGAGGCACCCGAUCUCUUGAAUACUCCACCCCCGAAAGUAGAAUGCCCUCAGGAGUCACCAUUGCUACAGGGAGCUCUGAAGCUGUCCUUUGAAUCCUCUCUGAAACUGAAGGAUGUGGUGAGUGACAACAAAGGAGUGACUGAAGGCGAGUAUGAGCCCUCAGACUGCACAGCGAGGCAGAGUGUAGCAAUCCUCAUCCCUCAUCGCAGCAGAGAGAGGCACCUGCUGUACCUGUUGCACCACCUGCACCCCUUUCUGCAGAGGCAGCAGCUACACUACGCCAUUUAUGUCAUCCAACAGGCUGGUGAUGCGACGUUUAACCGUGCCAAGUUACUCAAUGUCGGGUAUUUGGAAGCACUGAAGGACUACAGUUGGGAGUGCUUCAUCUUCCAUGAUGUGGACCUGGUUCCUGAAAACGAUCACAACUUAUAUGUCUGUGACAAGCAGCCCAAACACUUGGUGGUUGGCCGGAACGCCACAGGAUACAAGCUGCGUUACAAAGGCUACUUUGGCGGAGUCACAGCUAUGACCAAAGAGCAGUUUCUUCAAGUGAAUGGAUUCUCAAACACUUACUGGGGUUGGGGCGGAGAAGAUGAUGACCUUCGCAUCAGAGUUGAGCUGCAGAAAAUGAAGAUUGUGCGGCCACCCGCUGAUGUAGCUCGCUACACCAUGGUGUUUCACAAACGGGACAGUGGCAAUGAAAUAAACAAAGACAGGAUGAGAUUGUUAGGACGAACACCGCAGGUAUGGAGAAAGGAUGGACUGAACAGCUGCUCAUAUAAGACUAUGUCGGUAGAGAGGCUUCCUCUUUAUGUGAAUGUAACUGUGGACAUUGGUAAGCCAUAGAGUUGAGAUUUCAAACCGUAAGCCUUGCUGUGACUACAAAAUAUUUUUAUAUAGUAUGUUUAGGCCAUUGAGUGCACAAAAGCUACUAUGUGGUGUGUAAAACACCAUAUUAAGCACACAAAUGCACAUUGUUUUGAUUAGUUUAUAUAUCAGACUUAAGUUAAGAUGGCAACUACAUCUUUGCACAUUUUUGCAUACUUUCUGCCUUAAUUUCUUCAUAUUGUGACCAGCCUGUACAAAAAUUAAACAGUUUUUUCUUUCAAGUAAUGAUUGGCCUUGGUCAAAUAAAGAAGUUGCUGACAUCCAGCUGCCAGACUUCGAUUAAUUUAUGCAUAUGCCUAAUUAUUUGGCCUACAUUAUAUGGUACAGCAUAAAACAUGCCAAUGUUAUAUAAAAAAACAUGCACACAUUGACAAUGUGUAUUUUGUGUGCUUCAUUCUGUUGCAAUUACUUUUUCUUUAGCCCCUACACACAAGCGGGGCAGGACGUUUAAUAUUUCUAGUAGCACAUAGCAUGUAGUGACCUCACAUAUUUCCCAGAAUUCUAAUCAGAUAGGAGAUAACUGAGAACACCCCUUCGGUGUGCAGAGCCUUGAAGAUUAAGUUAAUGUUUAGGUUUGAUUCAAGGCAAUGAAAUGUUUGAUAGCUUACUAGACGUGUUUCAUUGACACUGACAUGUUCAUAUCACAAACGUAGAAGUAGAAGAUCUGAUUUAAGUAGAUCCGUUCAUCAGAGUAAUGUGCAUUAAAGAUGCAGUAAUUGAUUUUGGAUUAGUAGAUGGCAGAAGGACAAAACAAACUAACAGCAACAGGGCCUUGAAAUACUAUUAGCUUAUAAGUUUAUAGCAAACUAAUGCCUACCCAUUACAGUACCUAUAUUUAUAAAAAAGAAAUAAAAGUAUAAUCCCCUUUAGACUUGUCAUGGUUUAUUGUUUUACAGUAGAUGUAAUUAGUUUCUUUUAGACACAGAUCAAUUAAAACAUUUUUAGGUCAAAUGCAUCUAUAUUUACGGGAUCCAGCCGUUGGUUAGUCAGUUUUUUUAACGAGACGACCAAACAUAAAGCCGACAAUAUAAAGCAUCUGCGGUUUCUGGUGUUUGUUGAUGGAGGACAAUAUAAAUAAUAUUAAUUAAAUCCUAGUAAUCUUAAAUUGCUCAUUUUCGGAGGUCUUCUCAUCUAAAACUUGCCAGUAAUAUUACUGCUCUGUAUUAUAAAGUGAGUGCAUUUAAAAAAAAAAAAA